UCGGUGUCUGAAGGGGAGAGGCGCGAAGGUUGUGUGACUGGGAUCCGGAAAGGGGCCCUUCGCGACAGACCCGAGUCUGCAUUCCUCCAUCAUGUUGUCAUCAUUUCGCAAAGUCAGAGUCCAGCACAGCAAAGUCAUUAUGCAAGCCAUCAGAUGAAGAUGAUUGCCAUAAUCUGGUUGUUGAAUUGAGGUGUGGGAAGCCAAAUGUUAAGCGCCAGAAUACAUAAUGGUAGGAAUGAAGAGAUUGAACAAGGACCCCUUAACCUAUGACACUUUUCCCACACAAAGAAGGGCGAAAAAUGGAUCCUACUGGAGUAAAAGUGCUGGAAACAGCAGAGGACAUUCAGGAGAGGCGUCAGCAGGUCCUGGACCGCUACCACAGGUUCAAGGAGCUGUCUACCUUGAGGCGCCAAAAGCUGGAAGAUUCCUACAGGUUCCAGUUUUUCCAGCGUGAUGCAGAUGAGCUGGAAAAAUGGAUCCAGGAGAAGCUCCAGAUCGCAUCGGAUGAAAAUUACAAAGACCCAACCAACCUGCAGGGGAAACUGCAGAAACACCAGGCCUUUGAAGCUGAAGUGCAGGCCAAUGCCGGAGCCAUUGUUAAAUUGGAUGAGACUGGUAACCUGAUGAUUAACGAAGGGCAUUUUUCUUCUGAAACUAUACGAACUCGACUGCAAGAACUUCACCGCCUCUGGGAGUUGCUGUUGGAGAAAAUGAGGGAGAAGGGAGUCAAACUCCUGCAAGCUCAGAAGCUUGUGCAGUAUUUACGGGAAUGUGAAGACGUGAUGGAUUGGAUCAAUGACAAGGAGGCGAUAGUGACAUCAGAAGAGCUCGGCCAGGACCUGGAGCAUGUUGAGGUUUUGCAGAAGAAAUUUGAGGAGUUCCAGACAGACUUGGCAGCCCACGAAGAGAGAGUGAACGAAGUGAACCAAUUUGCCGGCAAGCUCAUCCAGGAACAGCACCCUGAAGAGGAGUUAAUCAAGUCUAAGCAAGAUGAAAUCAAUGCCAGCUGGCAGCGUCUUAAAGGACUGGCUCUUCAGAGACAGGGAAAACUGUUUGGAGCUGCAGAAGUGCAGCGUUUUAACAGGGAUGUGGAUGAGACUAUCAGCUGGAUUAAAGAGAAAGAGCAGCUGAUGGCUUCUGAUGACUUCGGCAGAGACCUAGCAAGCGUGCAGGCUUUGCUGCGCAAACACGAGGGCUUGGAGAGGGAUCUUGCUGCUCUGGAAGACAAGGUGAAGGCCUUGUGUACGGAGGCAGAAAGAUUGCAGCAGUCCCACCCUCAAAACGCCUCUCAGAUCCAUGUCAAACGGGAAGAACUGAUUGCAAACUGGGAACAGAUUCGCACUCGGGCAGCAGAGAGGCAUGCUCGCCUAGAUGAUUCCUAUAGGCUACAACGAUUUCUUGCAGACUUUCGAGACCUCACUAGCUGGGUAACUGAAAUGAAGGCUCUGAUUAAUGCUGACGAGCUUGCCAAUGACGUGGCUGGAGCCGAAGCCCUGCUAGACAGACAUCAGGAGCACAAGGGAGAAAUUGAUGCCCAUGAAGACAGUUUUAAAUCUGCUGACGAAUCUGGACAGGCUCUGCUCGCUGCUGGUCAUUAUGCCACUGAUGAAGUCAGAGAGAAGUUGACCAUCCUGUCAGAUGAAAGAACUGCGCUUCUGGAACUGUGGGAGCUUCGCAGGCAGCAGUACGAGCAGUGCAUGGACCUGCAGCUUUUCUACAGGGACACCGAGCAAGUGGACAAUUGGAUGAGCAAACAGGAAGCCUUCUUGCUAAAUGAAGACCUGGGUGAUUCUUUGGACAGUGUGGAAGCCUUGCUAAAGAAGCAUGAGGACUUUGAAAAGUCCCUCAGUGCCCAAGAAGAGAAGAUCACAGCCCUGGAUGAAUUUGCUACAAAGCUGAUACAGAACAACCACUACGCUAAGGAAGAUGUUGCAACACGAAGAGAUGCUCUACUGAGCCGACGCAAUGCUUUGCAUGAACGGGCCAUGUACCGCCGCACGCAGCUUGCCGAUUCAUUCCAUCUGCAGCAGUUCUUCAGGGACUCCGAUGAGCUGAAAAGCUGGGUCAAUGAAAAGAUGAAAACUGCAACCGAUGAGGCUUACAAGGACCCAUCCAAUCUGCAGGGCAAAGUCCAGAAACAUCAAGCUUUUGAGGCCGAGCUCUCAGCCAAUCAGAGCCGCAUUGAUGCCCUGGAGAAGGCUGGGCAGCAGUUGAUUGACGUCAAGCAUUAUGCAUCUGACGAAGUAGCAGCUCGGAUGAAUGAAGUCAUCAGUUUGUGGAAGAAGCUGCUGGAAGCGACUGAGCUGAAAGGGAUCAAGCUGCGUGAAGCCAACCAGCAGCAGCAGUUCAACCGCAAUGUGGAAGACAUCGAACUAUGGCUGUACGAGGUGGAAGGGCACCUGGCUUCAGAUGAUUAUGGCAAAGACCUGACGAACGUUCAGAACCUUCAGAAGAAACAUGCCCUGCUGGAGGCUGACGUUGCUGCCCACCAGGAUCGCAUUGAUGGCAUCACCAUCCAAGCUCGGCAGUUCCAAGAAGCUGGCCACUUUGAUGCCGACAAUAUCAAAAAGAAGCAGGAGGCCUUGGUUGCCCGCUACGAGGCCCUGAAGGAGCCCAUGGUGGCGCGCAAGCAGAAGCUCGCAGAUUCCCUUCGCCUGCAGCAGCUUUUCCGUGACGUUGAAGAUGAAGAAACCUGGAUCAGAGAGAAGGAACCGAUUGCAGCUUCAACCAAUCGAGGCAAAGACUUGAUUGGGGUCCAGAACCUGCUGAAGAAGCACCAGGCCUUGCAAGCCGAGAUUGCUGGCCAUGAACCACGCAUUAAAGCAGUCACCCAGAAAGGAAAUAUCAUGGUGGAAGAAGGACACUUCGCUGCCGAGGAUGUGAAAAUCAAACUGAACGACCUGAACCAGAAAUGGGAGUCCUUGAAAGGCAAGGCGUCCCAGCGCAGGCAAGACCUGGAAGACUCUUUGCAAGCCCAGCAGUACUUUGCUGACGCCAACGAGGCCGAGUCCUGGAUGCGGGAGAAGGAGCCCAUCGUGGGCAGCACCGAUUAUGGGAAGGAUGAGGACUCUGCGGAGGCUCUUCUCAAGAAGCACGAAGCUCUGAUGUCUGAUCUCUCCGCCUACGGCAGUAGCAUUCAAGCCCUGAGGGAGCAGGCCCAAGCAUGCCGGCAACAAGUGGCUCCCACAGAUGAUGAGACUGGCAAAGAACUGGUCCUGGCCCUGUACGAUUACCAAGAGAAAAGUCCCCGGGAGGUAACAAUGAAGAAGGGAGACAUUCUGACUCUGCUGAACAGCACCAACAAAGACUGGUGGAAAGUGGAAGUGAAUGACCGGCAGGGUUUUGUACCAGCUGCCUAUGUGAAGAAGUUAGACCCGGCCCAGUCUGCGUCCCGGGAGAACCUCCUGGAUGAGCAGGGCAGCAUAGCCUUGCGGCAGGAGCAGAUUGACAACCAGACUCUCAUAACUAAGGAAGUCGGCAGUGUAUCUCUGCGUAUGAAACAGGUCGAAGAACUGUAUCACUCUCUCCUUGAAUUGGGAGAGAAGCGUAAAGGCAUGCUGGAGAAAAGCUGCAAAAAGUUCAUGGUUUUCCGUGAGGCAAACGAGCUCCAGCAGUGGAUCAAUGAGAAGGAGGCUGCGCUGACCAACGAAGAGGUUGGAGCAGAUCUGGAGCAGGUCGAGGUGUUGCAGAAGAAAUUCGAUGACUUCCAGAAGGAUCUGAAAGCCAACGAGUCACGCCUGAAGGACAUCAACAAGGUGGCAGACGAGCUAGAAUCAGAAGGGCUGAUAGCAGAAGAAGUGCAAGCAGUACAGCAGCAGGAGGUUUAUGGAAUGAUGCCACGGGAUGAAACUGACUCAAAGACAGCAUCUCCUUGGAAGUUUGCAAAGAUGGUGGUGCACACUGUGGCAACAUUCAACUCCAUCAAGGAACUGAACGAGCGCUGGCGAUCUCUCCAGCAGUUGGCAGAAGAGCGAAGCCAGCUUUUAGGCAGUGCACACGAGGUCCAGAGAUUUCACAGAGAUGCUGAUGAAACAAAGGAAUGGAUUGAAGAAAAGAACCAGGCCUUAAACACUGACAACUACGGGCAUGAUCUGGCAAGUGUGCAGGCCCUUCAGCGCAAGCAUGAGGGCUUUGAGAGAGAUCUUGCAGCUCUUGGAGACAAGGUGAACUCUCUUGGAGAGACCGCUGAACGCCUGAUUCAGUCUCACCCUGAGUCUGCUGAAGAUCUCCAGGAGAAAUGCACGGAGCUGAACCAGGCCUGGAGCAGCCUGGGGAAACGGGCCAACCAGCGCAAAGACAAACUCGGGGCGGCCAGGAGCCUAGUGGAGGGCGGAGCCCUGGGGACUCUCUGCGAAGGGCCCCCCAGAUUCUGGAACCAGCUCUGGAUGUUAACUGUCCUCAUACGGAUGCCUGCAGAUGUUACCGGAGACCACAACUACAUCAAAGGUGAGCUCGAACAUCGCACUGAAAUAGAUGCCCGAGCUGGCACUUUCCAGGCAUUCGAGCAGUUUGGGCAGCAGCUCUUGGCACACGGCCACUACGCCAGCCCAGAGAUCAAAGAGAAGCUGGACAUUCUGGAUCAAGAACGGGCUGAUUUGGAGAAAGCAUGGAUCCAGCGCCGAAUGAUGUUGGACCAGUGCCUGGAGCUACAGCUGUUCCACAGGGACUGCGAGCAGGCAGAGAACUGGAUGGCAGCCCGGGAGGCUUUCUUAAACACCGAAGAUAAAGGGGAUUCCUUAGACAGUGUGGAGGCUCUCAUCAAGAAACAUGAGGACUUCGACAAGGCAAUCAAUGUUCAGUGGAUCAGUGAGAAGCUCCAAACUGCAAGCGACGAAUCAUACAAAGAUCCGACAAAUAUCCAGAGCAAACAUCAGAAGCACCAGGCCUUUGAGGCCGAGCUCCAUGCCAAUGCCGACCGGAUCCGUGGCGUCAUCGAUGUGGGGAAUACCCUCAUUGACCGCGGAGCUUGUGCUGGCAGUGAAGACGCCGUCAAGGUUCGCUUGGCCGCUCUGGCUGACCAGUGGCAGUUCCUGGUGCAGAAAUCGGCAGAGAAGAGCCAGAAACUGAAGGAAGCCAACAAACAGCAGAAUUUCAACACUGGGAUCAAGGACUUCGACUUCUGGCUGUCGGAGGUGGAAGCACUCCUUGCCUCUGAAGAUUAUGGGAAGGACCUGGCAUCUGUGAACAAUCUCCUGAAGAAGCACCAGUUGUUGGAGGCUGACAUCUCUGCCCACGAGGGUGUGCUGGACACAGGAAAGAAGCUGUCCGAUGACAACACCAUUGGAAAGGAGGAGAUACAGCAGAGGUUGGCUCAGUUUGUGGAGCACUGGCAAGAGCUCAAGCAGUUGGCUGCCGCUCGCGGCCAGAGGCUAGAGGAGUCCUUGGAGUACCAGCAGUUUGUGGCUAAUGUGGAAGAGGAGGAGGCCUGGAUCAAUGAGAAGAUGACGCUGGUGGCCAGUGAAGAUUACGGGGACACCCUCGCCGCUAUCCAGGGCUUGCUGAAGAAGCACGAAGCAUUCGAGACCGAUUUCACAGUGCACAAGGACAGAGUGAACGACGUCUGUGCGAAUGGCGAAGAUCUCAUUAAGAAGAACAAUCACCACGAAGAGAACAUCACGGCAAAGAUGAAGAGCCUGAGGGGCAAAGUGUCUGACCUGGAGAAAGCCGCAGCCCAGAGGAAGGCCAAGUUAGAUGAGAACUCUGCCUUCCUCCAGUUCAACUGGAAAGCCGAUGUGGUGGAGUCGUGGAUAGGUGAAAAGGAAAACAGCCUCAAGACUGACGACUACGGCCGAGACCUCUCUUCUGUGCAGACACUCCUCACCAAACAGGAAACCUUUGAUGCGGGACUCCAGGCCUUCCAGCAAGAAGGGAUUGCCAACAUCACGGCCCUGAAAGACCAGCUCCUGGCCGCCCAACAUAUCCAGUCCAAGGCGAUUGAGGCCCGGCAUGCCUCUCUCAUGAAACGCUGGAACCAGCUGCUGGCCAAUUCUGCUGCCAGGAAGAAGAAACUCCUGGAAGCCCAAGAGCAUUUCAGAAAGGUUGAAGACUUGUUCCUGACUUUUGCCAAGAAAGCUUCAGCCUUCAACAGCUGGUUUGAGAAUGCUGAGGAAGACCUAACCGACCCUGUGCGCUGCAACUCGCUGGAGGAGAUCAAGGCACUGAGGGAGGCCCACGAUGCAUUCCGCUCCUCGCUCAGUUCUGCCCAAGCCGACUUCAACCAGCUAGCUGAGCUGGAUCGCCAGAUCAAGAGCUUCCGGGUGGCCUCCAACCCAUAUACCUGGUUCACCAUGGAGGCUCUGGAGGAAACCUGGAGGAAUCUGCAGAAAAUCAUCAAGGAACGUGAGCUGGAGCUGCAGAAGGAGCAGCGCAGGCAAGAGGAGAACGACAAGCUGCGCCAGGAGUUUGCUCAGCACGCCAAUGCUUUCCACCAGUGGAUUCAAGAGACCAGGACCUACCUGCUCGAUGGGUCAUGUAUGGUGGAGGAAUCGGGAACCCUGGAGUCACAGCUGGAAGCGACUAAACGCAAGCACCAGGAGAUCCGAGCAAUGAGGAGCCAGCUCAAGAAGAUCGAGGACCUUGGAGCAGCUAUGGAGGAAGCUCUUAUCCUGGACAACAAGUACACGGAACACAGCACGGUGGGGCUGGCGCAGCAGUGGGACCAGCUGGACCAACUCGGCAUGAGGAUGCAGCACAAUCUAGAGCAGCAAAUACAGGCCAGAAACACCACUGGAGUCACUGAAGAAGCCCUGAAGGAGUUCAGCAUGAUGUUUAAGCACUUCGACAAGGAUAAAUCUGGCCGGCUGAAUCACCAGGAGUUUAAGUCCUGCCUGCGCUCGCUAGGCUACGAUUUGCCCAUGGUGGAGGAAGGAGAGCCGGAUCCAGAGUUUGAAGCUAUCCUCGACACAGUUGAUCCCAACAGGGAUGGACACGUCUCUCUGCAAGAAUACAUGGCGUUCAUGAUCAGCAGGGAGACCGAGAAUGUGAAAUCCAGUGAAGAAAUCGAAAGUGCUUUCCGUGCCCUCAGCUCAGAGGGCAAGCCCUACGUGACCAAGGAGGAACUCUACCAAAACUUGAGCCGGGAACAGGCGGACUACUGCAUCUCUCACAUGAAGCCCUACAUGGACAGCAAAGGCAGAGAGCUUCCCUCCGCCUACGACUACAUCGAAUUUACCCGCUCACUCUUCGUGAAUUGAUCAUCCAGCACUAGCACUACCCCCCCC